UAUUUAGCUCUGUCCAAACGUAGAACAAAGAAACUGCAGUAAAAGACAAUUACUUUUAAGCCCUUGAAAAAAAAAAAACUACACUGAUAUUCAAACUUGAAAUUUCCGGAGAUUGCAGUGCGAUGAGCUAAGAAGGUUUUAGGACCAGACGAAAGAAAUUGCAGGCAUUUAUCAGAAUCAAUGUUGUGUAGACUAAAAUUACAGGUAGCUGACCUCAGCCUCACCUCCAUCGAUCUCGCGUACCCUACUAACAAUAACAUCCGCCCACCCCGUCGCUUCAGUAAUCCCCGCCUGCCGCUUCGCCCCUUCGCUUCUCUCUCCGUUCGAUCAGAGUACGGUUCAGCUUCACCAUCAUCAUCGUCAUCGUUCUCAUCUGAGCCGCCGGUUUCUACUCACUAUGUCUCCUCCGUGGGGUCCUCCUCUCUCCAGCUCUCUCAAUGGACCCUCACCAACCGCCACAUCCUCGUGCUCAACGUCAUCGCUUGCGCUGUGGCAGUUUCGGCAACUUGGCUUUUUUUCUCUGCAAUCCCCACUCUUUUGGCUUUCAAGAGAGCAGCAGAGUCACUAGAGAAGCUAAUGGAUGCCACCAGGGAAGAGCUUCCUGAUACAAUGGCUGCUGUUCGGUUGUCAGGCAUGGAGAUUAGUGACUUAACAAUGGAGCUCAGUGAUUUGGGGCAAGAGAUUACUCGAGGUGUUAGAAGCUCAACUAGCGGUGUUCGCUUAGCUGAGGAGAGAUUGCGUUGGUUAACAAACAUUUCUCCAUCAGCCUCGGUGCAGGUGGUAGCCAAUCAGAAAACUGAGGUAUCAGGGCCAGUGAUAGCUCGAACUGCAAGAAGCAUGCGGCAGGGAAUUGUAAAGGGUCGUGCCGUAUUGAAAAUAUUUUUCACUCUUACCCAAUUUUCUAGGAUGGCUAUAAACUAUUUUGCCAGCCGACAUAAGCGGUAGAGCCAUGGAGUCAAGCUCUGUGGUGAGCAAGAUUGGAUCUGUCUUCUGUACAUGUGUCGUGUCUGAAUUUUGUCAUCUUGUUUUUGUGUUUUGCUGUGUUAAUUUAUGGAGUGGAUCGAGUUUGGGUUCUUUGCUUUCUGUUUCAGUUGAUUGCAGUCAAAGCAUCAUUCCUUUGCUGAAAUACAUACAUCAUGAGAAAAUUUUUGUUUUGGCCAGUCGACGUGCUAUCCUCUUGUCAAUCAAAUGACAAGUUCAGCUUGAGAUCUUUGGCUUCCA